UAUUUCCACGCUUUCAUUUCCGCUAUUUCCAAUGCUACCCUCACUCUCUUUCUCUCUCUGUGAAAACCUAGAUCUCUGAGAGCUCAAAGAGAUCAGCUUGAUUCGUUAAUUUUCAAUCGCACACUCAUACAGAAAUUACAGAAUGGUUGAUAGCAAUGCAUCAUCUGGAUCACCUGAAGAAACACAAAACCCGAAUCCUGAUGGGAAUGAACCUUCUGAGAGUGACCUCACACUUGAUGCUUUAACUCGAAAGGUUCAAGAAUCUCUCUCUCUUGGAAAGAAACAUAAGUUUUGGGAAACCCAACCAGUUGGGCAAUUUAAGGAUGUAGGGGAUUCCAAUUUGCCUGAGGGCCCGAUUGAACCCCCAACUCCUUUAUCUGAAGUCAAACAAGAACCCUACAACCUUCCCAACCUUUAUGAAUGGGUUACUUGUGAUAUGGAUUCCGAAGAGACGUGCAAUGAAGUGUAUAUCCUUCUCACUAAUAACUAUGUUGAGGAUGAUGACAGCAUGUUCAGAUUUAACUAUUCAAAAGAGUUUCUUCGCUGGGCUUUACGCCCUCCUGGUUAUUUCAGGAGUUGGCACAUUGGUGUCCGUGUCAAAAGUUCAAAGAAGUUGGUUGCUUUUAUAACUGGUGUUCCAGCCAGAAUCCGGGUCCGUGAUGAUAUUGUCACCAUGGCAGAGGUUAAUUUCCUUUGUGUGCAUAAGAAGCUUAGAUCAAAGAGACUUGCUCCUGUCAUGAUCAAAGAGGUGACCAGGAGGGUUCACUUGGAGAACAUGUGGCAAGCAGCCUAUACUGCAGGAGUGGUUCUUCCAACGCCAAUUUCAACUUGCCAAUAUUGGCAUAGAUCUUUGAAUCCAAAAAAGCUGAUUGAUGUUGGGUUUUCAAGACUUGGUGCGAGGAUGACAAUGAGUAGAACAAUCAAGCUCUACAAGUUACCAGAGUCAACAGUUACUCCAGGUUUCAGAAAGAUGGAGCUCCAUGAUGUUCCUGCAGUUACACGGCUACUUAGGACCUAUUUGAGCCAGUUUGCUGUUGCACCGGAUUUUGAUGAAAAUGAUGUGGAGCAUUGGUUGCUUCCAAAGGAGGACGUCGUGGAUAGUUAUCUGGUUGAAAGUCCUGAAACUCAUGAAAUAACUGAUUUCAGCAGUUUCUACACACUUCCUUCAUCUAUCCUGGGGAACCAGAAUUAUUCAAUUUUGAAGGCAGCUUAUUCAUAUUAUAAUGUUGCCACGAGCACUCCUUUGCUUCAACUGAUGAAUGAUGCUCUUAUCAUGGCAAAACAGAAGGACUAUGAUGUUUUCAAUGCAUUGGAUGUCAUGCAAAAUGAAUCUUUCUUGAAGGAACUGAAGUUUGGUCCAGGUGAUGGAAAACUGCACUACUAUCUUUACAACUAUCGGAUAAAACAAGCACUGAAGUCAUCGGAGCUUGGACUUGUGCUUUUAUAGUUUAAGCUCUGAAAUUUUGAUUGUGGCAAGGAUUAGAACUACCUUUGGUAAAGUUUGUUUUAAGGUUGCAUUGUUUUUGGAAAUCAAUGUAGAUUUUAUUGUGCCAGUGAAGCUAACAAAUGUUGUGAACUUUUUUUUUGGCUUGAUUUUUCUAGGAAAUUGUGGAAUUUCAUGCGCUUCAUGUAUUGUUAGGACCGAAAGAUGAUUGGAAAAUUGAAAAUCAAUUUUGUUCUUAGUAA